UAGGACAUGAACUGAAAGCAGCGAAGAAGAAAGUCCUCGCAGUGGGCACAGGUUUAGCAGCAGUUUAACGACAGGAAGCCACAACAAUAAUCUUUUAUUAUCUCCAAAUCUAAUGAUAUUUAUCACGACCACGCAGAGAAACGUCUGGUUGUGAAGUAACAUGCGUGCGGACACGUCCACACAUCGCUGCUUCAGCUAACGAGAGCUAACGGGGAGAUGGUAUUUCUCUAGCUAAGCUAAGCUAGCUGCGGCUGUUGCUCCCUUCGCUCCCCGCAGUCAUGAGCGAAGAUGACGGUUCAGCGCCGGCCAACAAAGACCGGGACUCCACGCUCCUGCUCACCAAAGACGGGCAGCGGUACUACGUGAGCAAGGCCGGGGUGGUGGACAGCCGGAACGUGAUCACGCCGCACGAACCGGACAACAACGCCUCCUCCUCCUACGACAUGGACGACCCGGACGAGGAGAGCGACGUGCUGGACACCUCGGACCCCAGGGACGGCGCCGCCAGCCCGGAGGAGCUGAACGACGAGGACACCUCGGAGGGCGACAACGCCCCCAAGCAGUGCACGUACGACGGCUGCACGGAGACCACGACGCAGGUGGCCAAGCAGAGGAAGCCGUGGAUGUGCAAGAAACACCGCAACAAGAUGUACAAGGACAAGUACAAGAAGAAGAAGAGCGACCAGGCCAUGUCCAGCGGGAAAAUAGACGAGAACUCUGAGGAGCGGCCGGUGUCUGUGAACAAGCAGCGUCUCGGUGCCAUGGGGGACCGACCGGCCAGACCCUCCCUGAUAGAGCAGGUGCUCAACCAGAAGAGACUGUCACUGCUCCGGAGUCCAGAGGUGAUCGGUUUCCUGCAGCAGCAGCAGCAGCUCCUGGCCACACAGAACCGCAGCCAAUCACAGGGACAGUUCCCGGGUUGUUGACAGCGGCUGGUCAACGCAAACGCUGGCAUUUGAUGCAUAAAGGGAAUCGUUAUGAUACUGAAACAAUUCUCCAGCCGCGGUGAGACAGAUGAACUUAACUCACCGGAUCUAAAGGGCAGGACUAACCAUGCAAUCAGAACGUGUCUUGUGCCGUUUAUGAAGUAUGAUUUCCUAAAUACAAGAUAUUAAAUUUCACAUCCAUUAUUUAUUCCUCAUUUGGCAAAAAGAAUCAAAACUCUGGAUUAUAAAUGUCCAGUUAAAAAAUUGCUCAGAGGUUUUAAAAAUUUGAUUCUCCUGGGGUUUUUUUUCCAUUGCUGAAAGAAAAACCCAGGACUAGAUUCUUUGUUCGUUGUUGUGCUAUUUAUUUAGUGUUAUUUAUGAAGUGGUAUUUAUGCAGUACUCUUGAGGAUUUUAAUGUUUUCGUUUGAACAUUUGUCCGUUUGUGCAGUGCAUUCCCGUAGCCUCAUUUUUAUUCAGAUGGUGCUCCAUGAAAUUUUUAACACACAACUUUUAUCAUGUCACAAAACAAUCAAUUCAAAGUGUGUACAAAAAGAAAUGCAAAUGAAGUUUGAUGGGAUGCAUAUUGGUGUCUACAAAUUAAA